AUGUCGUCGUCCGAUCCGCCGCAUCACCGAUGCUCAGCGGUAGUAGUGAUGAUCCUCCUUCUGCUGGGCUUUUCGUUAGUGGCGGCCGACGAUGUGUCCUGGUCCGACGAUUCCGGCCUCGAGUCUCCUGGAUGCACAAACAAGUUCCAAAUGGUGAAGGUCUUAAACUGGGUUGAUGGUGUUAAAGGUGACUACUUUACUGGCUUAACUGCUCAAUUUGGAGCAUCGGUGCCUUCUGAUGCUGAUCAAAGCGUUAGGUUUCCGGCUGCUUUUGUGAAUCCUUUGGACUCUUGUUCAAAUCUCUCUUCCAGGUUAGAUGGACGUAUUGCAUUGUCGGUCCGUGGCAAUUGUGCUUUCACAGAGAAGGCCAAAAAUGCUGAAGCAGCUGGUGCUUCUGCUCUGUUGGUUAUUAAUGAUAAAGAAGAUCUUGAUGAGAUGGGAUGUAUGGAAAAGGAUACAUCUUUGAAUGUGAGCAUACCUGUCUUGAUGAUCUCUAAGUCGAGCGGAGAUGCUCUCAACAGGUCUAUGGUUGAAAACAAGAAUGUUGAGCUUCUGUUGUAUGCACCAAAACGUCCUGUUGUGGACCUCACAGCAGGAUUUUUGUUGCUCAUGGCUGUUGGAACUGUCGUCAUUGCAUCGCUGUGGUCAGAGCUUACAGAUCCUGACCAAGCUCAUGAAUCUUACAGCAUAUUAGCAAAGGAACUUUCUAGUGGUGGAACCAGAAAAGAUGAUCCAGAGAAGGAAAUCCUUGAUAUAAGUGUCACUGGUGCUGUAUUUUUUAUAGUGACAGCCUCCAUUUUCCUGCUGCUCCUUUUCUACUUCAUGUCAUCAUGGUUUGUAUGGGUGCUCACCAUCUUUUUCUGCAUCGGCGGCAUGCAGGGUAUGCAUAACAUCAUUAUGGCAGUUAUAUUGAGAAAAUGCAGAAAUCUUGGUCGAAAAUCUGUGAAGCUCCCUCUGCUUGGGACAAUGUCAGUGUUGUCGCUUCUGGUGAUCAUUUUUUGCUUGGCAUUUGCUGUUUUCUGGUUUGUUAAACGGCACGCAUCUUAUUCUUGGGCUGGGCAAGACGUUCUGGGCAUCUGUUUGAUGAUCACAGCCUUGCAAGUGGUUCGUUUACCUAACAUCAAGGUUGCUACUGUACUUCUUUGCUGCGCGUUUGUCUAUGACAUCUUCUGGGUGUUCAUCUCACCAUUGAUAUUCAAUGAGAGUGUUAUGAUUGUGGUUGCCCAAGGAGACAGCAGCAGCGGGGAGUCCAUUCCCAUGCUACUAAGGAUUCCUCGGUUUUUCGAUCCAUGGGGUGGUUAUGACAUGAUUGGUUUUGGAGACAUCCUCUUCCCCGGUUUGCUCAUCUCCUUUGCUUCCAGAUAUGACAAGAUCAAAAAGAGGUCAAUAUCAAAUGGAUACUUCCUUUGGUUGACUAUCGGCUAUGGAGUAGGUUUGUUACUGACGUAUCUAGGUCUGUAUCUUAUGGACGGACAUGGCCAGCCUGCGCUACUGUAUAUCGUUCCCUGCACACUCGGUUUGGUCGUCAUUUUGGGGUUGGUAAGAGGAGAGCUUAAAGAACUAUGGAACUACGGUAUCGAAGAAUCAGAAACUCGCACUCCUGAGGAUCCUCUGCCUGUGGCUUAA